AUUGUUGCACAACACGGACAAGAGGCAGAAAGACAUCUGCUGCGCUGUCUCUUUUCCUACGUUGAGGUUAAUGGUGAUGGUAAAAACACUGGAAAGGACUUUAAUCAGGUACAGUAUCUAAUCCAUGAGUGCGCAUCGCUGAUAUCCAAGCCAAAUUUUUUGACCAAUUUGUGCUUUGCUGUUGAUAACCCACUACAACAUCAAAAAUCACUGAAGCCAUCGCCGCAGCUCUUCUAUUAUCUGAGCAAGACACUAAGCCUAUCGCGUGUUCAAGAGGUAGCCUUCGGCUUGGGACUGCUCAAUUCAACUAACCCGGAAACGCGAAACCACGCUCUACAAUACGUCAAACAGAAGUUACCGGAUCUUUUGAGGUCAUUUGUCAAUUCAGAUUCUAGUAACAACCAAGAAUCAGGUCUGAAUGAUACUUCGAUUGAGGUGCUGCACCUGAUCCUCGAAAAUUUAAUCCACGGAUCGAAGGACCAUUUUGGAAUAGGAUUGGACCAGAUUGAAGCAUUUCUCCUCAGUCUUCGGAAAGAUUUCCCCAAGGACAGGGUGCCAGUGGUACUUGCGCCAUUGUUGUACCCUGACAGUUUAGACGUGCAAGUGGACAAGAUUCUGGCUGAGAGCGGAAGCAUGUCAAAAACGCUGAUGGAUGGAAACCUAGCAGAUUUAAUACAUGAAGUCGGCUACAAUUUCACAGCCAACAUCGAAGAAUGUCGUGCGAGUCUGCUUCAGUUUGGAAUACACGAUGUGACGCCAGCGUCGGUCGCGCGUGUGCUUGCCAUGAUGGCUCGCACUCACUCUGGUCUAGAGGAUCCGGUGCCGGUGCAGCCAGUAACGUCAUCCGCUGGCAUCUGGAGCGACACGAAGGAGAAGCAUGAGGGCGCGCUGAUGACAACAUGGAACGUCGAUGUGUUUGUGCAAGUCGUGCAGGAAAUCAAUCCUCACAUGAACUGGCGGGAGGUUGUGUUUGAGCUAGAUCAUCCUGGCUUCACCAUCAAGGACAAGCAGGGCUUCAAGAUCAUCAUCCAGGCGAUAUUCCGUGGUCUAAGGGAGAUGGCUUUUCCAAUAGAACUGCUCUAUCGCAAGUGGAAGAACACUGAAGGACAGCAUUCCUGGUUCCAACAGGCACUAAAGAACUCUGAUGUGUUCUGCUUUGCUGACUAUCCAUGCCGUUGUGUUGCCAUCGACAUUCUGAAGGCCCCACCAGAUGAAGACAACAGAGAUAUCGCUACUUGGAAAUCACUGGAGAUGGUUGAGACACUGCUGUUCCUGUCUGAUCUGUACUAUGCUCAUACACAAGAGCUGUUUAAGUUUCCGGUACAGCACUGUCCAGACGUUCUCGUCCUUGCUCUUCUGCAGAUCAGUCCACCAAUCAACCACCUACGGCGGGAGCUCAUCACUAGCCUGAUGACAAUCUUCCUCGGAAAUCAUGCCAAUUCAGCUAUCAUCCUACACUACGCAUGGCACUGUCAGGGACAGUCCACCACCAUCAGGACGUUGAUCAUGCGUGCGAUGGCAGACUGGUACAUGCCGUACUGGUACGGCGACCAGUCACGACUUUCACGGAUACUUGACGUGGCUCAAGAUCUCAAGGCACUGUCGAUGCUGCUGAAUGCUACCCCGUUUGCAUUUGUGAUCGAUCUAGCAUGUCUUGCCUCCCGACGGGAGUAUCUGAAGCUGGACAAGUGGCUGACGGACAAGAUUCGUGAACAUCAGGAACCCUUCAUUGAGGCGUGCGUAGCUUUCCUGAAACGCCGCUGCCCAUCGAUCUUGGGCGGUCCGAUGAAAGAGGAUGCAUUACCUAAGAGUGCUCAGCUUCCACCCGAGACGCUCGGAACCAUGCUCGCUUGUCUACAGGCAUGCGCAGGCAACGUCAGUCAGGAGUUGUCGGAGGCGAUUCUCACGAUGGUGGCCAACUGUAACAUGCUGCUGAAUAAGCCACGACAACCACCACCUGGUGUCAUCAAAAGUUCUAGAGGACUGGAGCCGGCAUACAAUCCAACAGCCAUUGGGAGUGGAAUCGACCAGCUGGCUAGCCUAAGUGGUGCGAUGGGAUCUCUGACGAUGGGAGGGGGAGUUGGGACGGCAGCUGCGUCCGGGGGGUCGGCAGCAGUGAGCAGCAGCCUUCCCCCGUUCCCUAGCAGCCUCUCCUCCUUCACAACGACACCCGGCUCUCCGGGGAAGGUAUCUGCCUUCCCCAGCCUGCAGUCGCCUAGCAUUCUGUCCGGAAUGUCCACCAUGUCCGGAAUGUCGACCAUGUCCGGAAUGUCCACCAUGUCCGGAAUGUCCACCAUGUCCGGAAUGUCUACCAUGUCCGGAAUGUCUACCAUGUCCGGCAUCCCGAGUCUCGGAUCACAGAUACAAGAUGGUUUCCCGUCAGGGUCACUGGCAACGGGUCUGAGUAGCACCAGCAUCAUGUCCGGCGGACUGAAUAGCCUCAGUGCGAAAGCCGCCUUCUUGCAAGCAGCUAAUGCAGAGAGGGGUCGCCAACCAGGACCUGUUACGCCUACAGCAGGAGUGGGUGGCAUGCGAGUGACGCCCACGGGUGGCGUUGGGAGCGUUGGUGGAGACAUGGCGACCAUGUUUCCGGAGAUGACUCAGUCGUUCUCUAAGGAGGUGGAAGAUGAAGCGAACAGCUAUUUCCAGCGCAUCUACAACCACCCGCCCGCACUGAGCAUCGACGAGGUACUGGAGAUGCUGAAGAAAUUCAAGGAUUCAAACAACAAGAAGGAGAGGGAGGUGUACAACUGCAUGCUGAGGAACCUGUUUGAGGAGUAUCGCUUCUUCCCUCAGUACCCGGAUCGCGAGCUGCAGAUCACUGCCUGCUUGUUCGGCGGCAUCAUUGAACAUGGACUCGUUACGUGCUGUGAAGAGCUGAAGGAGAUCGUUGUAGACGAACAUAUGCCGUGGAUCUCGCAGUACCUGGUGAUGAAACGCGCUAGCAUCGAGCCAAACUUUCAUCCGCUCUACUCCAACUUUUUGGACGUGAUGAAGUGGCCGGAGCUGACCAAACAAGUGACCGCAGAGUCGUUUCGCAACAUAAAGGUGCUACUCAGCAGUGACAAAGGAAUUGCCAACUUCUCUGACAGAUCUCUUCUGAAGAACCUGGGCCAUUGGUUGGGCAUGCUUACCCUGGCAAAGAGUAAACCAAUAUGGCAGCUGGACAUUGACAUCAAGUCCCUGGUCUUGGAGGCGUAUUUCAAAGGCCAGCAGGAACUUCUGUACGUUGUGCCAUUUGUCGCCAAGGUUCUGGAAUCUUGUGCCAAGAGCAAGGUGUUCAAGCCGCCUAACCCCUGGACGAUGGGCAUCAUGAACCUGUUGGCUGAGUUACACCAGGAGGCCGACUUGAAGCUCAACCUUAAGUUCGAGAUCGAAGUUCUAUGCAAGACGCUCGAUCUGGAGAUCACUGAACUGAAGCCCGGUAACCAGCUGAUCGAUGGCUCGAAGAUGGAAAAGAUAGAACUGCAGCUGUCGAACCCCAAGGGCAAGGAGGAGUUGAUUCCACCGAUGGUGGAGAGUCCGCCUGUGACCUCCGUGGCGCCCAUCGUCACGACGGUCGCCACGGCGGUGGCGACGACGGCGGCGGCGGCGACCGUGGCGGCGGCGACGACGCCACCGUCGCUGCCGCAGCUGCAGUACACGUUCCACGACAUCAACACGGCGACGCUCGGCGGCCUGGCACCACACAUCUCUGUCAACAGUCAGAUGCCACUCUUCCAAGCACACCCGCACUUGAAGCAGCUGGUUAGACCGGCCAUCGAACGAGCCGUGCAGGAACUUCUGUUGCCUGUCGUCGAACGCUCCAUCAAGAUUGCUCUCACCACCUGCGAACAGAUCGUGAAGAAAGACUUUGCGCUGGACCACGAGCAGUCUCGCAUGCGCGCGGCCGCUCACCGCAUGGUCGCCUACAUGACGGCGGGCAUGGCCAUGAUCACCUGCCGCGAACCUCUCCACAUCAGCAUCAGCAACAACCUGAAGACGCAGUUUGCCGCUGCACUCCGAGGCGCGACGCAGACGCAGAAGGAUGCCAUCGAGCAGACGGCUCACGUCGUUGCCACCGACAACGUGGAGCUGGCCUGCUGCUUCAUACAGAAGUCGGCCGUGGAGAAGGCGCUGCCGGAGAUGGACAAGCGGCUCGGCACGGACUUCGAGUUGCGCAAGCUGGCUCGCAACGAGGGCAGGCGCUACUGCGACCCGACCGUACUCACCUACCAGGCAGAGAGGAUGCCGGAGCAGAUCAGGAUGAAGGUGGGAGGUGUGACGCCCAACCAGAUUGCUGUAUAUGAGGAGUUUGCACGCAGCGUGCCGGGUUUCCUGCCCAGCAGCUCUGAACCAACCGUCUCCCAGCCGAGCAGCUUCCUCAACAAACCACCCGUUUUCGCCGCGGACGAAGUGACGCAGAUUUACGACAAGCUCGCCAGUGACCUUGAGCAGUACAUCCACGGCUUGAUGGUGCCGCCGACCAACCCGCAGGUGGCAGCACUGCACGGCCUGCUGGAGGCGGUGAUUGUGGCGCGCAACUCGCGAGACACCGUUGCCGCGCAGUUCCUGCUGCAGAAGGCUGUGGAGGGACUGCUGGAAGGUUACACACCACUGUCAGGAGACCAUGAUCUGACCGUGAGGUUCCGGGACUGCCAUCUGUUGGUUCUGAAAGCAUUGCAGGAUCCACGAGCGUAUGGACCCGACUGGACGAACAAGCAAGUGACUCGUUACCUGGUGGAGUGCCGCGAAAAGUACAAGUACAAUCUCGAUGCAGUAGACUGUCUCAUCAGAAGUCACCUAGUCAACAUUCAGCAAUACGAUCAUCAUCUAUCCCAGUCGAUGGAAGGUGGCCUCAACUUCAUGGCAGUGGCCUUUUCCAUGUCAAUGGUUAGACUCUACUGUAUUGAUGAAAAGCACAACACCCCUGUUUCUGAGUCUGAUAUACACAACACCAUUGAGACGUUGGCUAAGAUCGCUAUGCAUUCAAGGCAGCCCCCGGACGGGCUGCCCACAUUGAUAGAGUUGGUGAAAGCAAGUGUUGAAGGUGGGAUUCUCGACAAAGCUCCCGGCGGGCCAACUUCCAUGAUGCACUCGGGCAUUUCACAGGCGAGAGAUCAGUUUGACGACCCGCCGGGACUGCAUGAGAAGGCCGAGUUCUUACUGAGAGAGUGGGUGAACAUGUACCAUUCACCUGCGGCUGGCCGGGACAGCACCAAGGCAUUCUCUGCGUUUGUAGGGCAGAUGCACCAGCAGGGCAUUUUAAAGACGGACGACCUGAUAACACGCUUCUUUCGGCUGUGCACUGAGAUGUGUGUCGAGCUGUGCUACCGCGCACUCGGCGAGCAGCAGUCUACGACGUUGAUCCGCGCCAAGUGCUUCCACACGCUGGACGCGUACGUGCGACUCAUCGCACUACUGGUCAAGCACUCCGGGGAUGUCAACAGCACAGUGACCAAGAUCAACUUACUGAACAAGGUGAUCGGCCUCGUCGCGGGGCUCCUGCUGCAGGACCACGAGGUGAGGGGCACCGACUUUCAGCAGCUGCCGUACCACCGCAUCCUCAUCAUGCUCUUCCUAGAGUUGAACGCGCCGGAGAUCAUCCUGGAAGCGAUCAAUUUCCCUGUGCUGUCAGCAUUCUGCAACACGCUACACAUCCUGCGGCCGGGCAAGGCUCCAGGUUUUGCUUACGCUUGGUUAGAGGUAGUAUCUCAUCGUGUGUUCCUCUCCAGGAUGUUGGCCAUCACACCACAGCAGAAGAAUUAUGCCUCGCAGGCAUGGGGCAUGUAUUCUCAGCUCCUAGUUGACCUCUUCAAAUUCCUUGCACCGUUCCUGCGCAACGCUGACAUGGCCAAGCCUGUUCAACUACUCUACAAGGGAACUCUACGUCUGCUGCUCGUGCUGCUGCACGACUUCCCCGAGUUUCUGUGCGACUACCACUACGGUUUCUGCGACGUGAUCCCGCCGAACUGCAUCCAGAUGCGCAACCUUAUCCUCAGUGCCUUCCCACGCAACAUGAGGCUGCCGGACCCAUUCACGCCCAAUCUCAAGGUGGACAUGCUGCCUGAGAUUAACCACCCACCACGCAUCCUCACAAACUUCAUCACUGUGAUCCAGCCGGCCAGCUUCAAGAAGGACCUCGAUUCUUACAUCAAGACGCGCAGCCCUGUCACGUUCCUGUCUGAACUAAGAACCAACCUGCAGACUGCAUCCAGAUGCGCAACCUCAUCCUCAGUGCCUUCCACGCAACAUGAGGCUGCCGACCCAUUCACGCCCAAUCUCAAGGUGGACAUGCUGCCUGAGAUUAACCACCCACCACGCAUCCUCACAAACUUCAUCACUGUGAUCCAGCCGGCCAGCUUCAAGAAGGACCUCGAUUCUUACAUCAAGACGCGCAGCCUGUUCACGUUCCUGUCUGAACUAAGAACCAACCUGCAGGUCUCCAAUGAACCAGGCAUGAGGUACAACAUCCCACUGAUGAACGCUUUGGUGUUGUACGUGGGCACACAAGCCAUCGCUUACAUUCACAGCAAGGGCCUCACACCAAGCAUGGGCACGAUCACCCACUCAUCCCACAUGGACAUAUUCCAAAAUCUUGCCGUAGAUCUUGACACUGAAGGUCGUUACUUGUUCCUGAAUGCGAUUUCCAACCAGCUGCGCUAUCCGAACAGCCACACGCAUUACUUCAGCUGCACACUGCUCUACCUGUUUGCUGAAGCCAAUAACGAGCAGCUGCAGGAGCUCAUUACCAGAGUUCUGCUGGAGCGCAUGAUCGUGAAUAGGCCGCACCCAUGGGGUCUGCUGAUCACCUUCAUUGAACUCAUCAAGAAUCCGACCUUCAAGUUCUGGAACCACGAAUUUGUGCGCUGCGCUCCCGAGAUAGAGAAGCUCUUCGAAUCGGUCGCUCGCUCAUGCAUGCAGCCGAAGCAGGCACCGACGAUCGGCAGUGGAGAACAGCAAGAAGUUCACUAGACCACAGCGGGCGGUACGCUCUAAUCCACUACCAGCACCGACGAUGGGGUGAGACGACGGCAGAGAGAGAGAGAGAGAUGCCGAAAAGAACUGUUGCUUUAUUACCGAACAAAAAAAAUCGAAAAAUGUGUAACAUGACGAUAAUAAUCGGGGACUCAUGAUAAUCAGGAAAGGUUGACUUUCGGAGAAGAAUUUAGAACGUGAGAGAAACGGCCAACGAUGACUGAGAAAAAGAGAAAGUCGCGAAUUUAGAAAGAGAGAAACAGCCAACGAUGACUGCUAGCGUCUGCAAGGAAGGAUGAUUGCAAACGAGCCGGCUGGAUUCCAAAACGCGAGUGCAAGGCUGAAGUUGGGAGGAGAAUUGGACACCGGUAAACUAAGACAGAUUACCUGCUGUCUGCCGCUUUAUUUCGUUAUACUGUCGUGUGUCUUGUGUCGAUACCGUGCACGCAGUGUUGUGUGUGUGUGUUUUUUGUUGUUGUGCAGGUACAUGUUUUUGCCGAUCCUUGAAGAUUAAGUGCAUAGCAAUAUAUGCAUCGGAUGCGAAUGAAUGCGUUGCAGCAAAUGAAGAGGAACAGAAAGGUCUUGUCGGGACAGUCCGAUUUUGUGUUGGAUGUUGAUCUAUUUGCUCAGGUGUUGUGUAAUAAUUUACUGUUCUGUGUUUGCGCGGGGUAACAUUCCAGUUGCCCGGGUGUUCGGAUAUAUUUGCAGACAACGACCGACGUCGUUGGUGCUUCGCGCAACGGUGUACUCGCGGUCUUGGAAGCAGUAAUUCAUGCAGCAAGCUAGUGUAAUUCGAAUGUGUGAAUUUUAGAUGACAAUAUUUUCGUACAUCAAGUUCAAAUAAUGUCUACCCUCUCCCCCUGAAUUACAGGGAACACGAAUGGUACGUGUAUAUCACCUGAGUAUAGUAGGUAGGUGGACGAUUCCUAAGUUUGUACAAAUUGAUUAUAUAUUUUUUCGUGGGUACCGCACAGAAACUAUGCUAGUUUGCUGACUAAUCAUUGCUUUUGGGCGUUUGAGUGUGUUUGUCUGCAGGAGAGUGCAGGGCUGUGAUCCGUAGGUGGGGUUUCCCGCUGUGCAGGCGCACCAUCGACUGAUCAUCGCUUUGCAUCACAUCUUACUAGCGCACACAGACUGUGAGAUGUAUAAACACCGUGUGCAUGUACGCAGCGUAGCGCCGAGGUGAAGGGCCGCGAUUGCAUUUAAACCGGAGAUGAAUAUGCGAGAGCGGUUUGCGCACGAGUUCCCCGCUCUUCUACCCUUCUGUGAAUGUGUGUGUGUGUGUACGUGCGCGCGUGUGUGGAAUCCUCGAGCGGUCUGGUUUCCCUGCAAGGAGAAAACCUCUCGGAAAACGUGUUAGAUGUGUAAGUGAUGGCGAUUAGUAAUCGGCGCGCUGGAAUUCCGCGAUGGAGGCCGAGAACCCUGACGUGGCUCGUGGGUUCCUAGGGAGUGAUACUUGACUAGUGGCGCUCAUGGUGACGACGAGAAGGUAAGCCUGCGUGGGCACGCGUGCCGGCUUGGCAGAGCCUACGUGUUACCUGAGUAGCUCCGGUGAUGUCUAAUUUAGUGCGUGUGUGUGCGCGUGCAUUUGUGUGUGUGUGUGUAUACUGAGCUGCAGUGUUCUCGUGUUACAAAGUGAAUGAAUACAAGCAGAAUAGCAAGUGAACUGUCAUUGAACGAGUCGGAGCCAACAUUUGGAAUGUAUAGAGGAGCUGCCGUGUAUUGGUGUGUGUGCGCGCGUGUGUCGUGCUUGCGUGCGUGCGUGUGUGUCAAUCUUGCGUUCGUGCGUGUCUGUAAACUGUAUAUUAUAUAACGUUCGAUAGCUGUUGAAUGUAUUUUUGUUUGAACGUCGGUGUAAGAGCGAUUGUGGCACGUGAUUUUUCGGAGGGCAGACAUGUUGGCAUCCGCUGAAUGGUGUACGUUAUUCGAGUGCGUGUAUAGGUGAGUCGAAUCCGGCGUGAUGCAGCAAUCGGGAGGUGAAGCUGGUGUAAUUACUGAAUAUCAGCAGCAGAUUUCAGUAUGUAGAGUAACGAAGCGGUGACGUUUCUGUUGCAACCAGUAAAUCCUUGAGCGUUGGUCAGCCCGCCUAUCGUCUCGUGAUCGGAGCUUGUCCAUUCUUGUGGUCACCGGUUGGUAUCGUCAAGAUUCGACCAUCAUGUACGUUUACAAAAUGCACCGCACUCUCGAUUAAAAAUGACACGCGAAGUGCCUUCAAACAUUAUACCCCAAGAAUAUAUCAGGUGUCCACGCGCGCGUUCGUGCGUGCGCGUGUGCGUGCGUGUGUAUUCUUUUUCAUAUUUGCGACCAAAUGACAUGGGUGUGGUGGCAGUUUGAUUUGCUGUUCUGCUUGUACUGUGUGUACAUACAUAAUAAUUUUCAACAAAACGAAUUCAGUCCAUAUAGAUGUAUGAUCUCGUCUUCUGCAUAGCGCUUCAAUAUAUUUAACCGUGUAAUACUUAUUUAGCAUAUAGAACCAUUUUGAAGCGGUUCCAAUUUGGUGUUAGUUAAUAAACUGCAUUUGCAAUAAA